AAGACAGUCAUUAUUUUAAAAUGCGUGUCGUUCCUUGGCCAUUUUUCUUAUUACUAAUAAUUGUAUCUGUAAUUGGCUCGGAAGGUUAUGCCAAUAAAGAAGCAGAGCCUUGUUCUAACGAAUAUGUAGUGGUGAUGGCGGAAAAUUCCAAAGAAAGGAUGAAACCGAGAAUUUUUGGAACAGGUACUUUAUUUUCUGAGUAUUUUGGUACAGGAGCGGCUUUGGGGUUCAAGGUAGGCGAAAUGCUGAAAAAUCUCAUGGAAGAUAAAAAGGAACAGAAAGAAGAACCAAUAUAUAUUGUAUAUGCUCCACAACCGCCUCCCCCAAAGCCACCAGUGAUUGUUAAUCAAAAUAAGUUUCAUUAUUCCGAAACUAUCAAAGAAACUAACAAUUUUAACAUAAAUGUUCAGACUUUCGAUACUAAUAUUCACAAUUAUCAUGUGGAUGAAACUGUGAGAAAUAGAUCCUCUUCCAAUGCAAGAUAUAAUACUAACGUUGUGAAGAAUAUUGGUGAAAUAUUUAGUACUGAAACUGCACGAAGUACUCAAAUUGGUGCCCUCGUGCCGAUCAUCGAUUGGACAAAAUUAUUACCGCCAUCAAAAAAUGAGGCACCAAACAAAGCCACAACAAUAUUUGUGUUUAGACUAAAAGAAAGCAUCUUUGAUAUGAUACCAACCAUUAAAUUGGUGAAACUGCCUGUGCCUAGAUACCGAACACGUGUGUCAUCAUGGCCAUCGAAUUGGCCUUCGUCACAGAACAAGCGAGGAAAAAAUCUACAUUGCAAAAACUUCACUAGUUUCGAUUUUGGGGUAGCAUCGAAGAAAAAUGCUAUUUUUACAGAUAGCAAAGGAACGCCAUUGGAAUUGAAAUGUUUCGCCGAUCAGAAAGGUGAUGGGGGAGACUUUAACAAUUGCGGUGCGCCAGAGAAUGGGCCGCUUUUAUGCGGCGACCUUCAAGUGGGAAUACUGACUGGUGAAAAUAAUUGUCAGAAGUCUAGAGGAAGCGGAGGUCACAAAUCACUUGACUAUGUUCCAAUGGAAUCGAUUUUCGAUUUUGUUGUGGAUUUCAUGGAAGGCGAAAACGCAAUCAAUACAACAAUAACUAUUGAAACUUCUACCGGAGUCGAUAUCCAACUAUAUUCUAAUGUAUUUUUGAUUGUGUCAAUGAUUGUAUUUUGGAUUUUGUAAUAAAGGUUUUCA